UCGUUUGGGAUUGUGGGAGAGAGAGAGAGAGAAAGAGAGAGAGAGAGAAAUAGAAAGACGGAGAAGGAGAAGAAAAGGGAGGAAAGAGGGAGCGAAGCAGAAAAGGACACCUCAUCAGGCGUGUAGUUCGAAUCCCUUCCUCGCCUCCCCCUUCCCCUCCGCGAUGUUACAAAGGCUGUGAGCUGCUCGCCUUUUCCCAUUCGCCUGCUGUCACUUCCUUCCUGGACGCUUUCAGGACGAGUCCGGUUACUUUUAAUCCGACCAGCAGCUCAGCCACUUUCUCCUCCUCCAGGCUGCACACACGCGCGCACACACACACACACACACCAGACUCUUCUGGCUGCUUAUUGGAUUGACUUUGAAGGUUGUGUGUGUGAUUCAAGGAGGCUGCAUGUUGAACCAGGUGGUGAAUAUUUAAGGCUGGAAGAAGUAAAGGGAUUUUUUCUUUUUCCUAUGAAAGGAAAAUAUCUCAAGGACUAGUCUGAUCAUCCAAACAGCUAAAUGUUUAUAAUCAGGAACGGAGGCAGGGGACUGUGAACUGAGUAGUGCAAGUGCUGAAGAAGGAGGUUUGUUUUGAGGAAACGGGAAAGAGGAAGAAAAGAGAAGGGAAAAAUACAUAAUACUAAGGAAGAAGGAGAGGAAAAAAAACGGGGACUAUGGGGAGAAAAAAGAUUCAGAUUACAAGGAUUAUGGAUGAACGUAACAGACAGGUGACAUUUACGAAGAGGAAAUUUGGGUUAAUGAAGAAGGCUUACGAGCUGAGUGUUCUGUGUGACUGUGAGAUUGCUCUGAUCAUCUUCAACAGCACCAACAAAUUGUUCCAGUAUGCCAGCACUGAUAUGGACAAAGUGUUGCUGAAAUAUACCGAGUACAAUGAGCCGCAUGAGAGUCGAACGAAUUCAGAUAUUGUUGAGACGUUGAGAAAGAAAGGACUUAAUGGCUGUGACAGUCCAGACCCCGAUGCAGACGACUCAGCAUUGAACAAGAAAGAAAACAAAGGUUGUGAAAGCCCCGAUCCUGACUCCUCUUACGCUCUCACCCCACGCACUGAAGAAAAAUACAAAAAAAUUAAUGAAGAAUUUGAUAAUAUGAUCAAGAGCCAUAAAAUACCUGCUGUUCCACCACCAAACUUUGAGAUGCCAGUUUCUAUCCCAGUGUCCAACCACAACAGUUUGGUGUACAGUAACCCAGUCAGCUCGCUGGGAAACCCCAACCUUUUGCCGCUGGCUCAUCCUUCUUUGCAAAGAAAUAGCAUGUCUCCUGGCGUGACACAUCGGCCUCCGAGUGCAGGUAACACAGGUGGCCUGAUGGGUGGAGACCUCACAACCGGUGCAGGCACCAGUGCAGGAAAUGGAUAUGGCAACCCCCGCAACUCACCAGGUCUGCUGGUCUCACCUGGCAACUUGAACAAGAAUAUGCAAGCAAAAUCUCCGCCUCCAAUGAAUUUGGGAAUGAACAACCGUAAACCAGAUCUCCGCGUGCUUAUUCCACCUGGCAGCAAGAACACAAUGCCAUCAGUGUCUGAGGAUGUUGAUCUGCUUCUGAAUCAGAGGAUAAAUAACUCCCAGUCUGCUCAGUCAUUGGCUACUCCAGUGGUUUCCGUAGCAACUCCUACUCUACCAGGGCAAGGGAUGGGAGGAUACCCAUCAGCCAUCUCAACAACAUAUGGUACUGAAUAUUCUCUGAGUAGUGCAGAUAUAUCAUCUCUCUCUGGGUUUAAUACAGCCAGUGCUCUUCAUCUUGGUUCUGUGACUGGCUGGCAACAGCAACACCUACAUAACAUGCCACCGUCUGCUCUCAGUCAAUUGGGAGCUUGCACUAGCACUCAUUUAUCUCAGAGUACAAAUCUCUCCCUGCCUUCUACUCAAAGCCUCAACAUCAAGUCAGAACCUGUUUCUCCUCCUAGAGACCGUACCACCACACCCUCGAGAUACCCACAGCACACGCGCCAUGAGGCGGGGAGAUCUCCUGUUGACAGUUUGAGCAGCUGUAGCAGUUCCUACGAUGGAAGUGACCGGGAAGACCACCGGAACGAAUUCCACUCCCCCAUUGGACUCACCAGACCUUCGCCGGACGAAAGGGAAAGCCCCUCUGUCAAGCGCAUGCGGCUCUCUGAAGGAUGGGCGACAUGAUAACUUUAUUACCUAUUAGUUUAUUUUUAUUAUUUUAUUUUAUUUUUUUUCUUGCAGUGUGUGUGUGCUAUACCUUAAUGGGAGGGGGGGGGUGGAGGGAGGUGGGAGGGGGGCAGGGGGGGUCGAUAUGCAUUAUAUGUGCCGUGUGUGGAAACAAAACAAAACAAAAAAAAAGUCAGGUACUCUGUUUUGUAAAAGUACUUUUAAAUUGCCUCAGUGAUACAGUAUAAGGAUAAACAGAAAUGCUGAGAUAAGCUUAGCACUUGAGUUGUACAACAGAACACUUGUACAAAAUAGAUUUUAAGGCUAACUUCUUUUCACUGUUGUGCUCCCUUGCAAAAUGUAUGUUACAAUAGAUAGUGUCAUGUUGCAGGUUCAACGUUAUUUACUUGUAAAUAGACAAAAAAAGGAAAACAUUUGCCAGAAAUGGCAGAUCUUUACUGAGAGAGAAAGCAGCUGUUAUGCAACAUAUAGAAAAUGUACAGAUGUUUUGACAGACCCAGCAGUUGGGUGACCAUGAAUUGAUGCUAGAAAGAGACCGGGUCACCUAACAUGCCGAAAAUGCUAACAAACAUGCAGGCAUAUCAUUGGAGUAUGGCACUCAGUUAAAAAGGAUCAAAACAAUUAAAGAGGACCAUACUUGUAAAAAUGUUGAGGUUGAGGGCUAACAAUUAAUUUUAAAAAUUCUGGGUCUGCAUCACUUAUUAAAUAAAAAAAGAAUAAAAGUAUGUACAUUACAUUUUGCUUAUUUUCAUAUUAAAAAAUAAGACAGAGUUUGCAAAGCAUUUGUGGCUUUUGUAGUUUCCUUAAGCCAAAAUGUGUUCUUUUUUCCUUGAUAGCUUUGCUAAUCUUUUAAACAGUCCUGAAGAAACAAACAAAAAGGACUUUUUGUAUAGAAAGCACUACCCUAAGCCAUGAAGAACUCCAUGCUUUGCUAACCAAGUUAACUGUUUUCUCUUUGCAGAAGUUUUGUUUCUGAAAUGUGUAUUUCUAAUUAUAUAAAAUAUUAAGAAUCUUUUAAAAAAAUCUGUGAAAUUAACAUGCUUGUGUAUAGCUUUCUAAUAUAUAUAAUAAUUAUGGUAAUAGCAAAAGUUUUUGUUAUCUUAAUAGUGGGGAAUUAUAUUUGUGCAGUUGCACAUUUAACUAUUUUCUUUUGGUUUUCUUUUACUGGGUAGAUAUUAUACAGAUCAAAGUCAGCUGUUGAAAGACUGAUCUGUAAAAAGUUAGAACUUACCCAUGGUGUAACAACUUUAAUCAUUUUAAUACAGCAUUUUACAAUCAGUUGGGUGAAUUGCGAUCCAUUGUAUAUACUGAUUAGUUCUUUCAUGCUGUUUUGUGCAUUGUAACAAGUUAAGGGCCCUUCUAUUACUCAAUGUCCUGCGUAUCUUGUAGUUUUCCAUGGGUUAAAUGACAAAGUGGCAUAACUUGGCCCUUUCUCAUUAAUUAAGCUGGUAUUCUGCCUGUCAGAAUUGGAUGUACAGCUCUAACGGCUGUCAGCUACGUGAGUGCAGGUGAAUAUUUGCAGAAGCAGUAGGGAGAGUUAAAGGGAGGGAUGGGCACGAACAUGCCUGCUGUAAAGAUUGCUCCCCUCUCUCACAGAUUCGAAGCUAGUAGAGAGAUCCUCAAUUAAAGGACCAUUCAGAAGGCGAUUGAUCUUAGACAGCCAAUAUUGGCCAUCAGGUCCCUGGUUCUCAUGGACCUCUGCAGCCAUGUCAUCUCACCGUGGGCACUUUGGUCGCUCCUUGUAUAUUUUCACCCUAGCAAGAUUUGCUUCAGCAAAUGGCACCCACGUUUUCUCCUGCCUCGUAUUGUUCCUUUGACUAAAACAGCUUGACCAGAGGGAAUCUAUCCCUCCUAUAAGUCUCUCUUUGUCCCUCAUGUUUAUUACCAGAAAAUGACAUAUUCAAGUGUUUCAGUUUAACCUUUCUAUUGAAGGGAAAAAAGUGUUUAAGCAAAAUGUUCGUGCCAGAGUAAAACUGUAAUAUUUCUCCUUUUUCCAAGAGUCCUUCCAACUCUCACCUACCUACAUUGACACUAUGACGAAGGCUACAGGUGUGACAGCUAAAAAUCAACACAGAAUAGUUUGUUGAGGGAAAUCCACUCGCUGCUUCCCACCUGUACAUGCAGUUGCUGUGCACUGCUGGAUGACAGAGUGUAACCUCUCCAUAGAGAAAGAUGAACAGACCACAGCACGCAUUGGGACAUACACUUUUCACUUAACAAGACUUUGCAGAAGCCUGCCUUACAGGCACUCUCAGCCGUGCAGGGGCUAGUGCAUAAUCUGGAUAAUCGUUAAGCAGAAUACUGUGCUGCUAAUGCAUACAUCUUAUCUCGUGUAGCAGUCUGCAGGGUAAACAAAAAGAUACGCAUGUUUAAAAUAAAAUAAAAAAACACAAAAAAACCACACAAAAAAAAACAAAACACAAAAAAACCAAAACAAAACAAAAAAAACACAAAAAAAUGACAAAAACACAAAAAAAAACCAAAAAAGCAAAACAAAAAAACAACAAAACAAAACAAAAAAAGGUAUAAUGGGGCCCAUAAUUAAUUUUAAAACACAAAAAAGCUGUUUUUGAAACCACUUUCUUCACCUUCAAAUGAAUCUAUACUCGUAUUCUCUUCUGAGAAUUUUAAUCUUUGGUGUGUCAAAAAUAUGCAAAUAUAUCACAAAUGUACCUUGUAAUUUCAAGAAAUAAAUACAACUUUAUCAGUAUUGUAGUAGAAACUUGUCAGUGGGGAAGGGGAUUUGGUCUAUUGAUAUAUGAAGAAUAGCCAUAUUAAUAGUUUACCUUGCGAUUUGCCUCAGCAACGCAUGAAAAAGGAAAGGUAUCGUAUUUAACGAAGAUGCAGUGUAAUAUAUUACUGCAAGUAACUAAGCAGAAAUAGCGUGAAAAGUAUUGCCUGGGCAAUUUAUAUUAACUCUGACAGUGAUUUUUGUAUAAACACAAGUAGAACAGAAUCACGUGAAAAUAAAUGCCAGUCACCCCUCUAGUUCCUGCUGCAGAGGGCAACUAACUUAUACUGGCAAAUUGUGGGGGAUAAUGCAUAUUUGCAAACUGAUCUAAUUAUAAGAAGCACAACUUUGAUUGUGAAGUCACUUUCUGUAAACUAGAACUGUCUACCUUUCUUGUUCCUUUAUCUGUACCUUACCAUUUAUUGUAUUUGCAAAGCUAAUUUGGGUUUAUUGUGUGAUUCCUUUGUAUUUAAGGAGUUUGGGGCAGAGCCCUGAAAGAGUAUUAACAUUUACUUUACCUUAACCCAUGCUAUAUAAUGUUUUAGGCAACAUUCUUAAUUGUAAGUUCAAACACCUGAAGUGGCAUUCUAGACAUCUGCAAGUAUUGUUAUAGCUAUGCUAACCUCUAUUAAAAGGUGUUGUCAGUUAGUGUUUAAUUGCUGGUGACAAUUAUAUGAUAUACCCUAUCUGCACAACCUGUAUAUUGUAUGCAUUGAGCCAUUGGCAGUAAAGCUUUUGUCAUUUCAGUGUUUUUCAAAAGUUGUGUUUUAUAACAAAAUGGCUUAUAUUUUUCCCAGAAGAGGAAUUUAGCAGUUUUUAAUGAAUAAUAUAAAAAAAAAAUCUGUUGUCCUCAGAUCUUUUUCAGGUAAAGCUAGCAUAAGAAUAAAAGAACCCAUAGACUGUUUUCAAGGAUGUCAACCCUUUUGUAUUGUAUGUGUUAUCCUAUAUACCCUCUUUUAUCUAUAGUCCUAACAGAGCUGUUUUGUUUUCCUUCUUCCUUCGCCUUGAAGGUAAAUGCUUUGUAAUUUUUUAAAAGCCACUUGAAACCUCAAUAAAGGCUGUUGCCUAAACAUGGCAUACUUCAUCUGUUCCUGUUUGUGCCAUCUGCUGUGAUGUCGUCAGUUAUAUGGCAUUAAUUUCCUGCCACUACAGGUCUCUUGAAGGACUGAUGGAACAUUGGUGUCUGUUAGAAUGCUUCAGACUGUAGAUGUAAAAAAAAGGCUUUUGUUAAUAUAUUUUAACCAAAGAUGUGGAGCAAUCCAAGCUUUGAGCCACAGACCUUCUGCAUCAAAACUGUUUGAUUAUUUUCAUUAUCAGGUGUUGCAUUUCUACCUUCCCUGCUCAUACCUCAGACUGAUCCAUACCUCAGUUUGAUUCAAAAAAGGUCAGUUAAGCAACUCAUUUAAAAAAAAAUAAAAUAAAAAAAGUUUAAAAAAAUAAUUUAAAAUGCAGUACCAGAAUCUUUUGUGGAGUAACUAAUAUCAGACCUGGGUUACCACAGGCAUUACACUUGGAUUGCUUCAGAUGGUUUGUUGUAUCCUCUUUUUUUUUUUUUUUUUUUUUUUUCUUUUUUUCUUCUCUUUCAUGGGGAUUUGCUUCCAUAAAACAAUGGUGAUAACAAAAUAGCUUGUAAAUGGGAGCAUACAAGCAUUUGCAAAAAUAUUAAAGUAGAGGCUCACAGCGGCAUAAGCUGGACUUUGUCGCCACUAGAUGACAAGAUGUUAUAACUAAGUUAAACCACAUCUGUGUAUCUCAAGGGACUUAAUUCAGCUGUCUGUAGUGAACAAAAAUGGGAAAAUUUCAAAAGAUUCUCCUGCUGGAAAUAAGGUAUAAUUUGUAUUUUGCAGACAAAUCAGUAAAGUUACUGGCUUUCUUAGUGA